CGUACUGCACGGCAGAGCGACGCACACGCACACAAGCGCGCGCUCGCGUAGAUUCAGGUGGCGAACGCUGAACUCGUCCGGCGGGGCGGGCAGACAUGUUGAUGAUCCCGCCUCCGCUCCAAUGGACUGGAGCCGAACGCCUUUCAGUGACUUUGUGAACGGCUAAGUGUGUGGCCGAAGACUGGCGCGCGGAGUGCGCUCUGUCCCGCUGCAACAAAGGAGAAUAAGGGAAGCGGAGCUGUGCACGUGCGCUACCGCUGGAAGAAGUUUUAGAAGCCGCCGGGUUCCAGGGUGGGGGGGAAGUGGGUGCUUUGGAAAGGCGGGAGGACAGGUGAACAGCGGGGUCUCUCGCUUCCAUUGGGACCAGAAGGUUAAGGGGCCCCUAUUCUGUGUUCACUGUGAGACGCUGGAGCUCCUACGGGGUACCGGGGGACCACUGUUUCUCGGCUGACGAGCUGCUGCUGUCCCAACCCCUCGGUGCGGGACACGACACAAGUCAAGUGUGUCCUCCAGUCCAGAGCUAUGAACUCAGGAGCGCCAUCCAGGAGCCGCGAUUCGGAUUUACUGCCGUAGUAGCAGCAGCGUGGGGCUCGCAGCUCCGCGCGGACACACACAGCCUGCAAGUUGCGAGAGGCAGGCGGCCGGCCGGGCAGAGACAGACUGUGCUUUCGUUUCGCAUCGCUUUAAAAAGCGACUUACUAUUAUACGGUGUCUGUGGCGCUGCACGAGCUGCGCGCCGCAAUGGAGAGCCGGGCGAACGGCGCGCGCACAGCCCGACAGCGCGCGCACACGGACAGCGGGGCGAAAGAGCGCGUUCCCAGGGUGGAUCCGUAUGGAUUCGAAAGGUCCGAAGACUUCGACUACGAGUCGUAUGAGGAGUUGAUGUCCGAAUACCUGGUUGUACUAACCAGGAGGUCCAUCAAGUGGUCCAAACUCCUACAGAGGAGUAACAAAGUACAGAAGAACCUUAAAGUGAAGCGGUACGUGCGGAAGGGAGUACCCAACGAGCACCGAGCCCUCAUCUGGAUGGUGGCAAGUGGGGCACAGGAACAGAUGGAAAAGAACCAGGGCUAUUACCACACGCUUCUGGCUGGAGAGCAUGACCCCAAGCUGGUGGAGGUCAUUCACACAGACUUGCACAGGACCUUCCCUGACAACGUCCAGUUUCGUAAGUCUUCGGACCCCUGCCUCCAGAAAGCCCUCUUCGACGUGUUGGUGGCUUAUGGCCACCAUAACAAGGCUGUAGGAUAUUGUCAGGGUAUGAACUUCAUUGCUGGGUACCUUAUUAUCAUCACUAAAGAUGAGGAGAAGUCGUUUUGGUUGCUGGAUGCACUCCUGGGCAGGAUUCUACCUGACUAUUAUACUCCAGCUAUGGUGGGAUUGAAGACAGACCAGGAAGUUCUGGGAGAGCUGGUGCGAGUGAAGGUCCCAGCUGUGUGGCAGGCCAUGAUGGAACACGGCGUCAUGUGGACUCUCGUGGUGUCUCGUUGGUUCAUAUGCCUGUUCAUUGACAUCCUGCCCGUGGAGACAGUGCUGCGGAUAUGGGACUGCCUCUUUUACGAGGGUUCCAAGAUCAUCUUCCGGGUAGCACUCACCCUCAUCAAGCACAAUCAGGCCCUCAUCCUCCAGGCACGCAGCUUCCCUGACAUCUGUGAUCGCUUCAAGCAGAUCACCAAGGGACAACUUGUGGAGGAUUGCCACACCUUUAUGCAAAAAAUAUUUGCUGAACCAGGAAGCCUUUCCAAGGCAACCGUCAACAAGCUGCGAGAGACGUGCCGGGCACGAAUAUUAGCUCAAGAACCUUGACUGUCUGCAUUCAAGCUAGACCAGCUGCUGACCUCUCUGACACAUUCCAAAUCAAGACUUGCACUAAAUAUGAAGAUACACCAGUAUCUCUGAUUCCUAGAGUCCAGGCGAAAUUGCAUACUGGAAGGCCGAUAUGUACUACGUAUGCAGAGCCUCAUCACGGACAGAUUUUUUUUGUGCUUUG